AUGCUUCGAAUGCGAAACUGAGAACAAGUGUCCGUACAAAAAUGGGAGCUUUGGCUCAUGUGAGCAAGAGGCUUUCUUGGUCUCUCUUCAGUGAUUCAACCUCAUCUUGUACAACUCUGAGGACCACUCUUACUUCUCUGUUUUCUUGUUCUUCGUAUGCUACUGUGUCGCGCUCAUCAUCGGACCCGUUACCGUCACCAGGCCGUGACGGUUGCGCCGCCGCCAUCGGUAUUUUCCAGAGGACCCUGCUUCAAUCUCCCUGGUUCGCUAUUCCAACCCGUGGAGUGAAAACUAGCGGAUCUAGUUUGAGACCUGGAAAUGUCAUUGAAAAGAAAGACCGUAUUUAUGAGGUUGUGAAAGUAGACCAUUCUCACGAAGGAAGGGGAAAAGCUACUAUCAAGGUGGAGCUUCGUGAUGUUGAUAGUGGAAACAAGGUAUCCCAACGAUUUGGCACAGAAGAGACAGUUGAAAGAGUAUUUGUUGAGGCCAAACCUUACAUUUAUAUGUGUACGGAUCGCGAUGGCAAAGUAUUAUUGAUGGACCCUGACACCCUUGAUCAGCUGGAAGUGAACGAGGAGCUGUUUGGAAAGAAUGCUAAGUAUCUACAAGAUGACAUGAAAGUUAGAGUAGAGGUUUACAAUGGAAUCCCUUUAUCUGCAUCGGUUCCUAAACAUGUUACAUGUAUUGUGAAGGAAGCACAGCCUCCUGUGAAGGGGAUAGGAGUGACACCUAGGGAGAAAGUUGCUGUGCUGGAUAAUGGCCUUUCUAUCAAAGUACCACCUCAUGUUCUAGCCGGUGAAUCUGUAGUUAUCGAUACAACAGACGACUCUUAUGUUAGAAGGACAAAGGUGUAAGAUUGGAUGUUGCUUUAUUAGUCCUACGGAAGGAUAAUUUCAUUUUUGUAAGAAUUAAGAUCAUAGAAAUUGUUUAUUUUAAACAACAUUAUUAUUAGUUAUUAUUAUUAUUAUUCAUACAAAUUCCUGAGAGAGGAGACUUAACAAUCGAGCAAAAAUUAAUGUUGUUGCAAGAAAUAAAAUAUGUAACACAUUACACAGAAUAUAUAAACCAGUUUUGCAUGUUUC